CUGGUCCCUCCUCCCUAUCCUCUAUUCCCUCUCCCCUGGUCCCUCUCUCUGACCCCUGACCUGUUGGAGAGUAAAUAAGCGCAGCUGCUUUGCUCUGCUCUGAUUUCGGCUCGGAUAGAAAACAGGAUGAAGCUCUGUGCCGGUCAGUAAAGCCUGAUGGAGAUUGUUGCGGCACGGCGGUGAUGCUGUAAGCUGUGAGGUGGACGGUGGGGGAUGUUGCGCUGGACGGUGCACCUGGAGGGCGGCCCGCGCAGGGUGAACCAUGCCGCCGUCGCCGUGGGCCACAAGGUCUACUCUUUCGGCGGGUACUGCUCCGGGGAGGAUUACGAAACCUUUCGGCAGAUCGACGUUCACGUCUUCAACACAGUGUCUCUGCGGUGGAUGAAACUACCUCCAGUGAGAACCGGAGGGAGAGAACACGCGCGAGAAGUUCCCUACAUGCGCUAUGGUCACACGGCUGUGCUGGUAGACGAUACCAUCUACAUCUGGGGGGGCAGGAAUGACACGGAGGGGGCCUGCAACGUGCUGUACGCCUUCGACGUCAAUAAUCACCGCUGGUACACGCCCAAGAUCUCAGGGACGGUUCCUGGAGCGAGAGACGGUCACUCUGCCUGUGUUCUGGGAAAAGCCAUGUACAUCUUUGGAGGAUAUGAACAGCUGGCUGACUGUUUUUCCAACGACAUACACAAGCUGGACACCACCACCAUGUGCUGGUCCUUAAUCAACGCUACAGGCACUCCUGCGCGUUGGAGAGAUUUCCACUCUGCCACCAUCAUCGGGACGAAGAUGUUUGUGUUCGGCGGGCGGGCGGAUCGGUUCGGCCCGUUUCAUUCUAACAACGAGAUCUACUGCAACAAGAUCAAAGUGUUCGACACAGAAACAAACAGCUGGCUGACCACACCCUCAACACCCCUCCUACCCGAGGGGAGACGCAGUCACUCUGCCUUUGCGUACAACGGAGAGCUCUACAUAUUUGGAGGCUAUAAUGCUCGACUGGACCGCCACUUUAAUGACCUGUGGAAGUUUAAUCCAGAGGCGUUCUCCUGGAAGAAAGUGGAACCGAAGGGAAAGGGUCCGUGUCCGCGGAGGAGGCAAUGCUGCUGCAUGGUGGGAGAUCGCAUCAUCCUGUUCGGAGGAACCAGUUUUGUCUGCCCCUGUGUGUGUUGCAGUCCGUGUCCGGAGCAGGGAAUGGGGGACGAGUUUAAUCUGAUGGAUCAUUCGGAUCUCUACAUCCUCGACUUCAGUCCUGAUCUGAAGACUCUGUGUAAGAUUGCGGUGAUUCAGUUCAGUCUGGAUCAGUCAGGACUUCCUCACGACAUCCGGUGGGAACUGGCUGCCAUGACAACCAACAGCAACAUAAGUCGGCCCAUCUUCUCCUCUCACGGCUAAAGAUAGAAAAGGUCAGUCAGAACCAGAACAGAGUCUUGUGGUUCUGCUGCUAAAGGAUGAUACUCUGACGAAUGGAGAAGAUUUCUCAGACUUUUUCUGGAUCCUGUGAUCUUCUGACUACGUUUAAACUCUAACCCUCCUCCUUCUGUGGACCUGGUUUCUCCUGCUUAUGAAAUAUUGCACAUUUACUGUUUUUGAGGACAGACUGCAGCAGUUUCUCGGUGAAGGAUCUCCAGACAUUAAAAUCAUUUUAGAUAUUCAGUGGUGUUACAAGUGACUGUGACUUAUUUUAAAGUUUUUCAGAAACUCUACGAUCAGGUUUCUUAUUUUUUCUUCUUUACAAUCAAGUCUCCAUCUUCAGCGGCACCUUCAGGCAGAGUUGAGGUUUCCUGCUAUGAUGGACCAGGUUUUACACCUUUCUCAGAGCAGAAAAGAUCAAAGGUCAUCAAAAUCACCUGAAGAACAAGUGCCCAGAGCACCUCAUCAGUAUCAGUCCUGCAUUUAAAACUCUGCUUUAUUUUCAGAAGUUUGAGCUCUUAAUGAUGUGAACUGACUGGUCGGCAGUGAUUGGGCCACUUUCUGACCAUGACUUUCUGGCUGUUACACCACAGGAACAGGGGUGGGGGGGUGAGGGGGUGGGGGGGGGGUGAAAGUGUUUGAGUGUCUGUUGCUGAAAAAUGCUGUUAAAGAUAAAGAACAACGUGAUUCAUCUUUGUUCUGUAUUUGGGUUUCUGUUCUGCUCCGUUUCUCUCAGCUGUUCUGAAGUUCGUCUCUGAUCAGAAGUUCUGCGUUUCCUCCUCAAUCUGAUGGUGCCAAAUACAGACUGUGUGUGGUGUGUGUGUGUGUGUGUGUGUGUGUGUGUGUGUGUGGUGUGUGUGUGUGUGUGUGGUGUGUGUGUGGUGUGUGUGUGUGUGUGUGUGUGUGUGUGUGUGUGUGGAUAUUUAACGUGUGUAACACUCGGCUGUGUUCAGUGUUCCACUCAUCCCGGACCAGCUGUACAGACUCUGCAUCAGCCGUCACUUCACACUAAACCUUUUACAGAAUGUCCUGCAGUUACACCGUCACUCACCGUUAGCACCGAACUCAGUUCACCUGCAGAAUCUAUUUUAUGGCUGAAGUUCAAACAAAAUAAAAUGUUUUCUGUUACAAAUAUAAAGAGUCGUUUCUGUACUGAACAGACUGAGUGUUAAUUAUAGACAGCAGUAUGAAUUUAAUCAGAUAAUAAGAACGUAAUUCAGCAUCGGAGUGGGUGUGGCCUUUUUUACUCAUCACUAAGGCUUCUUUUAUAUAUGCAAAAUACUGAAUGGUGAAGGUGUUGAUGAUGAUAAUAAAGAGGAAAAAUGCUGUUUAAUUUGACAAAUGUUUCUUGUUA